AUGUCGCACUCGUCGACGGCCAAGGGCAAGGCGCGAGCUCUCGAUCCCAGCCUACCCUCGCAGCCGGCCUCAUCAGCCGAAUCCAUCACGGAACGCACCAUCCAGCCACGCGCUAUUCCGGCCACCACACUGCUGAGCGUCGAGUACCCCGGCAUCCUCUCCGAAGAUGCUGCUGGACCAUCGUCAGCCAGCCUCGAGCGUGCGCUGUCUACGCUGCACCCGUCGACACUGCCGCCGCUGACGAGCAGCGCGCACGAGGGCCUGCGCUUCCUCGCGCGCAUCCCCAACGACGGUCUGCGCGUCGUCGAGUGCCGGCUCGGCGGCUUUGAUGGAGGUGUAGAUAAUGUGUACCGCUCGCCGCUCAUCGGCGAAGUCGUGCCCACCAGCAACGUGGUCCUGCGCAUCGUGAAGCGUACCUGGCGGCAGAAGCGCAAACGUCCGCCAUCCCCGCCGGUGGAGGCUCACGACAGUGCGCUCGAUCCAGCCCUGUUCGCCGGUACCGCACCGCCAGCAGCGCAGCAGAUGCACGGAAAUGGCGAUGCGAACGAUUGGUACACCGGCCGCGUAAAGAAGGAGUAUGCGGUGCAUGCGCUCGGCAUGGCUUCCAACACGGUGCGCUUCCGCAGCAUGGCCGACUACGCCUUUCAGCCCGCUAUCACCACGACCGCCACUCCCACCUCCAAUGGCGCACGCGCAGAGCCCGAGCUCGACGCAGUCAUGUCGAUGCACAAGGCGCUAGCUACAAUGGAUCUGGCGGCGUUUGAGCGCUUCCGCGUGCCCGUUCAGGACGAAGACUACCAGACCCGCGACGGGGUUAGCCAGCUUGGGAUGGUGCCACCCGCCUUUUUUAGCCGCAUGGAUGUGCCCUUUAGCUACGGCUUUCAGCAAACACCGUACAGCGAGCUGCGCAGCGUACCCGCAACUCCGCAUCUUGCAACGCCUGCGGGGGGCCGGAGCUUUGCGCACGCGCUGGCGGGAGAGCCGGGGAUGCAGCGAUUCGUCAACCGGGUGCGGCUCAACAUUGCGCCGCAGCCGUUCCGCGUAGGAAAGGACAGCCGGGUGCCGACCAAGCCGGCGGCGGAUGUGGUGCGGAUUGAGCAUCGGUGUGAUGCGAGCGUGGUGGCGAGGUUGAGGGAGUUGCUGGCAGAGAGACCGGUAUGGUCGCGCGUGGCACUCAAGAGUCAGUUGGACGCCAACGGGGUGCGCGAGAUGGGGGGCAACAACGAAAAGGUGUACUAUGCGCUCGUGGGCUAUUCGAUGGUGGGCGGACCGUGGCGCGAUACGAUCGUGCGCUUCGGGUAUGAUGUGCGCAGCGACUGCAGCAGUCGUAUUUACCAGCGCGUGUUUCUGCGCAGCACUGUCCACCGCCCAUCCACUACCGCCGAAGAGGAAGAAGAGGAAGAGGUGCCGAGUAUGGGUGCAGUGGGGUUGGGAGAGAAGGCGGGGAGUACGCAUGUGUUUGAUGGCGUGACGCUGCGACGGGGGGUGGGCAACUUUCAGCUGUGCGAUAUCGAGGAUCCGCUCAUCACUCCGUACAUCUGGCGGCGCAAUGAUGACGAGUUGCCAAAGGAUUCGGUGCUGCCGCUGGAAAGGAUGGGCACACGCUGGCUGCGCGAUACAUUCGACCCAGAAACGGGCUGGUACACCCGCCGCGCACUCGAACUCAUCCGCGCCGUCAUUGCGGCCCGCUUCAAAGCGCUCAUCGACACCCAAACGCCGCUCGACCCCGCUGCGCUCGGCACGGUCGUCGCGCGCAUCCGAACGCGGUGGCACGAAGAGGAUGCCCAGUCACAUCCAAGCGAAUCGACUCAAACCUAG